CAAGCGUAUGACGUCGCAGAGGACGCCAUUAGGCUGGGCCACAGACAGGAGACUGAAAGAGGCGAGAUACAGAUUUGGCUUUCGGUGUUUUCCGCCGAGCAGGGGAACGUCACCCCUCGUUUUCCAUUUCAACUUACAUCUUUGUAGAAAUCUCAUGUAACCCCGCGGAAGGAGCGUAUCUGGUUUACCGUCUCACCGAGCUGAAGAAAGGCUUCUUCCUUCGCUAUGGCGGCUGGCGGAGCAGCAGGCAGUAACAAAACAUACUCCUUCAAGGUGGUUUUGUUAGGGGAAGGAUGCGUCGGCAAGACAUCGCUGGUGCUGCGGUACUGUGAAAAUAAAUUUAACGACAAACACAUCACCACCCUUCAGGCCUCAUUCCUUACAAAGAAACUCAACAUCACAGGAAAGAGAGUUAAUCUGGCUAUUUGGGACACUGCUGGACAGGAGCGGUUUCAUGCUCUUGGGCCAAUCUAUUACAGAGACUCCAAUGGAGCCAUCCUGGUCUAUGACAUUACAGAUGAAGAUUCUUUCCAGAAGGUGAAAAACUGGGUGAAAGAAUUAAGGAAAAUGCUGGGGAAUGAAAUAUGUUUAUGUAUAGUAGGUAAUAAAAUAGAUCUGGAAAAAGAGAGACAUGUAUCAGUGGAAGAAGCUGAGAGCUAUGCAGAGUCAGUUGGGGCAAAACACUAUCACACAUCAGCGAAAUUGAACAAAGGAAUUGAAGAACUGUUCCUUGACCUGUGUAAAAGAAUGAUGGAGACAGCUCAGGUGGAGGAGAGAUCAAAGGGGAACGGGGCAAAUAAUGCAAGCACAGGGCGGAGAGGUGUUCAGAUCAUUGAUGAUGAGCCCCAGGCUGCUACUGCUGCAGGAGGCUGCUGUUCAUCAGGCUAGGAACCCUCUCUCUUUCCCCCUUUCCCUCUGCCCCCUUUCUUUUUCACCCUCUCCCAACUUCUCCUUUUCUCUCCCAAAAGACUGCCACUCAUCAUCCUCCUCUGGUUAUCUGCUUGGUGAAGUCACACACUUCAGCGGGUGUGUUUUUUCGCAGUGAUUAAUCCAUUUGAAAAGCUGCAAAAGCUGGUGGACCUUGUCAGUUGCUCCUGACCAUGGCAGUCUGUUGCCAAAUGCCAAAGGCCAUCAAAUGCCCUACACAUGCUCUUUCUCUGACUCUUUAACAGCACACUGUCCUUACAAUCUGACUUUUCAGGCUUUCUUUUCUUUUGCAAGGUUGUUGUACAUGAUGGGUUGAUUUCUGUGAAAGCAUUGUUUUCUUUUAGUUAAAAGAUGAUUAUUUAAUAACUUAAACAUAUACACUGAAAUCUUAAGUCCUCUGUACUUGUGGUAAUUAGUGAGCUUUCUGUCUUUCUGUUUUCCUUCAAAACAAAACCCUCCCCACUGUUCCCCCCUUUGAUUCAUCACUAAUCAGAACUUUUAUUAAACUUGCUCUCUACUUGUCUUUUGGACUUGUAUGUACAACAAAAGAAAAAAUGUACUAUACAUAUUGAAUAUUUUAUCUGCUUUUACAACUAUUUGGGAAAUCCUACAUACAACCACUUGCAAAAGUAUUCAGACCCCAAUAGAGUUUCUAAAGUUUGUUGCCAGUUAUGCAUACACAUUUAUUUUAUUAAUUUUUCUUUCAUAAUCUCCAUGCACAUGGUCAGACUUUAAGAAAAAUAAACAGUAGUAAAAAUGAAAUCUGCAGUUUUCUUGGCUUCAUAUUAAUGUAGAGUAAAGGAACUUUUACAUUUUGUCCAAACUAGCACUUUUCUACACAUUGCAUGGAUGUGGUGUGUUUUUUUUUUUAUAUACUUGUCCCAGGUUGCCAAGGUGGACCUUGAUUUUCUUCAACGGUUAUUGAUUAUGAAUUAAGGCAGUUUUCGUUUCUUCUCGCAUUAAAAGAAGCAUCUGAAGCGGUUUCCUUAAAAUGUGGUGCCCGGUGACCCUGGGAAAAUGGUUACAACCACUAUUGCCUUGAAUACAAAAAGUAACACACACACACACACACACACACACACACACACGUACGUGCGAAAAUAGUAUAAACCUGUAGCAAAUUUGACUGAGCGCUUGGGUCUGAGUACUUAUGCAAACAACAUUUUUCAGCAUGUCAUGAUGCGUAAAAUGGAGGGUAUUUCAUGAGGGGCGUUUAUUUUUUUUUAUUUUUUAAUAUUUUUUUGCUGUUCUGUCUUUAUAGAAGAAAAUGUAAGGGAUGUCUCUUUUGAACAGUCUUGAUUUUUGGCUAAAAAUAUCCAGCUAACUAGGAAAGCUGCUUUGUGAAAUACCCACCAUGUUUUUGUUUUUUGUUUUUUUUGCAUGAAAAUGUUGCAUUUGUUGAUUAAAAAAAAGUGUAUUAUUUGAAAUACAACAUUUCAAUGAUUUUUGGGGGUCUGAAUAUUUUUCUAAGCAGCUGUUGGUUUAGAAAAUUGUACAAUAGUCAAAUGAUUGUAAAAUGAAGAAUACCAGUUAUGGGAGAAAGCACACUUUUUGGAACUGUAUUUUUUAUUAUUUAACUGCUUGUGUCAUUGUUUUGUAAUAGAACAAUUAUAACAAUU